GUUCUGUGAUCGUGUCCGUGUCGACUGUCGUGUGAUCGUGAAACGUGAAUCGUGAUGGUGAACUUGUAAACGACCGGCGUUGUGUUGGCGUUUGCGGACAGUUCGGAUUUUUUUGUUCUUUGUUCGUUUUUCGUGUCGCAAAUGAAUUAAAUAACUGACUUAAGUGUUAUAUUUUUUUAGUAUUUCGCACCGUAGUGUAGUUUGUACAAAAACAAGAUGUUAAACGAAAUGGAGAAUGGCGUCGAUGCUAAUGUGUCACCGACCAAGCUCAUGGUCAACUAUAUUCCAGAGCUCAUGACGCGCGACAUGAUGUAUGCACUCUUCUCUGCCAUGGGCAAAAUUGAGAGUUGCAAACUAAUAGCUAACAGGGGUUACGGAUUUGUGGAGUAUGAGAAACAUGAGGAUGCAGAGAAGGCGCGGGCCGCCUUCAAUGGCUUGCUGAUGCAAGGAAAGACGCUUAAAGUGUCAUUCGCACUGCUCAAUCCAGAAAACAAAAGUAACCAUAAACCUGACACGGAAUCGAAUCUCUAUAUAAGUAACCUGCCUCCAGAUAUGACUCUUGAGAGGUUGAACACCUUGUUCAGUGAGUUUGGGAAUAUCACUAACAGUCGAGUAUCCCAGGGCAUCGGUUUCGUCUGCUAUGAGACCAGACACCAGGCAGAGGAAGCAAUACAGCAAAUGAACGGGCAAACUCCCAUUCCUGGCGCUGGACCUGUGGUAGUUAAGUUUGCUAAUAAACCUAAUUCUAAUAAAAGUGCCCCUCGGCCAAUACAGAGGAUCGGUUUGUCAUCGCCCAUUGCAUACAAUGGUGCUGCAGUAUUCAAUGGCUCAACCCCUGCCUUUAAUGGUACUAAUCUAAGUGCAGCUUUUGGUGCUCGUCCUACAGCUUUUGCGCCGGGAUUCCCCCAGGCGUCUCCACCACCAUUGUUACCUUCUCCGGGAAAGGCUUUACCAUUCAUCAACAAAGGCCAACAACGCUUCAAUCCUAUGGCAGCAACUAACCACUCCCCAUUACCAUUAUUAGGUGCACCAGCUAGUCCAGUUCCAUUGAUUGGUGCCCCUGCAGCGCCUCACCAGACUACAGUGUAUGUAUACAACAUUGGUGAAGAUACAGAAGAGCUUGCAUUGUGGCAACUCUUUGGUCCAUAUGGUGCAAUAGAUUCAAUUAAAGUGAUCAAAGAUCCAGAGACAAAGAAGAACAAAGGUUUUGCUUUUGUAAACAUGCGUGAGUAUGAUGAGGCGGCUAUGGCAAUUCAGGCUCUGAAUGGCUACACACUGAAUGGCCAGGUUUUAUCUGUAAGUUUUAAAACACAGAAGAGAAAUAAUUAAUUUAAACCGGUGUUAUGAACACCAUUCUAUUUGUGAUCGUUGGGAGGCCCAAAGCUUAAAAGAUUUUCAUUCCAAUCUCAAAAAUAUUUUUGUAGUCGAGACUUAAGUCCUCUUUGUGCAUUUCAGAUUAGUCACAUAAGUAUUUUUGUAAGAUUAAAUAUAGUUUUAUACUGGCAAGAGCGGAUCAUGACUACCUGUGCGUAGGACUGGCUUCAAUAUAGUAUAUGUGUACUUUUAUUAAAAUAUAUGGUAUUUUAUUUGAAUAAGUAUGUAUGGACCUGUUGAAUAUGUAUUAUGUUGGGUGGGCUACGUCAUCUCUGUGUUUCACUUGCCUCUCCCAGUACCCUCCAGGUAUUUAAUUUUGUGUAAACCAUGCAUUGUAUGUUUUAUCUUUAAUAAAUUUCAUGUUUAAAUAGUG